GUCAGUUGCUCUUAUGCUUGCCAGACAUUAACAACAACCACGCCGGGCCAUUGCUGCGUGAGCCUCGUGACUCAAACGUCACAGGUGACUCGAAACAAUUUUUCGAAUUCUCUCCCUUCCGCCCUGCGCGCAGGAAGGAACCAGUGAACAGUUUUCCGUGAUUGACGUUCGUCCGCGUAAACGAGGAAAGUGGUGGACUGGGGUUUCUCUCGAUUUCCGAUACUUUUGCCUUUGUGGAUUACGUUAGUGACAAUCGGGUGAAGAGGCGUCGAACAACGCCAGUGUAAUAUUGUCAAUAAAGAAUCCUUGGAGGGUGUGAAUUUGUAACUGGACGAUCAGAACUGAAGAUCGAAGGUUCAACGUUUUCAGCGAGCAAGAGUAAUAAAAAGAUACAGUACAAAGCAGUAUAUUCAGAAAAUUCAGGAUCUUCGAUGAGAAGCAUUUCCGUAUUCGUUUUUAAAGAUCGCGUCGAGUCUUCCUUAAGAAGUGUCUCCUUGUGAUACUCGACGGAAGAAGGCAAUCUAGUCGUCUGACCGUUGAUGUGAUCGUUUUAGUGUGCGAUUUUGCGGGUGGCUGUGAUCCGAGGACGUUGUUUCCCGCGAAGGACAGUAACGAACGGGUCGAAAUCCUCCGGCUCGAGGACCGACGAGAAGAAUGUGGAAGAGGGAAGCCGAGUUUGUGCUCUGAAGUCUAUGUUAACGUCGCGGAGGCUGUCAGGACCGAGAGAACAAUGACGGUCGACAGUUAGAUACUUCCCGCAAAAAUUCCGUGGAGGGUGAUCGAGGGCUGGUUCCGGGGGGGUUGUGGAUAUUAUGUUAGCAACGGGUGGACUAUGUGUGUUCCUGAAGGUGCUGGCGUUGGCGGGAAGCGUCUUGGCGCUCCUGCCAGAAGACUUCGAGGAUCGGGCUGCUCCUGCCAACCUGCAAGAGGAAUGCGCAUCGAGAUGCCCCGAUCUCGACUUGAAUCAGAAUCGAACGGACGACUCGAGCUCGGAAGGGGGUUGCGGAGUGCGAUGCAAGGUCGAGCAGUGCACAAAAGGCUGCGGAGCAUGGGAACGAGCCCUCGACACGAGCUGCCAAGCCGUUUGCAACGGAACGCAAGAGCUACUGCCGCCCAAGGAACUCUACUGUGUCCUGGGCUGCCACGACGCGUUGAAUCGAUACUUCCAACAGUUAAAAGCGGAAAUUGGCAUUCCUCCGGCGCCAGCGUUGGUUGCCGAUUCCUUGACUGCCACUUCCCUGCGCCUCGAGUGGAAAGGAAUAGACAUCGAAAGACGCGGCGGCGGCAUCUCGUACUUGGUGCAAUGGAGGUACGAAGAACUGGCUGAGACAUGGCAGUACUGCAGGAACCAAUCUUGGGGCGAGGACGAUCAGAUUCUUGUGGAGAAUUUGCAACCGUACACGAAAUACAGGUUUCGCGUAGCGUUGCUCUUGAAAUCGUCACAGCACAAUCCCGAGCCGAUCGUCUCCGCUCCGAGCGUCGUGAUACGAACGCUGGCAGCUGGUUUCCCGACCUCAGCACCGGUAAUUGUAAGAGCGGCGGUGGUAGACAGCUGCCGCGUCUCUGUGUCUUGGGAACCGGGCCCUUUUCCGAAUGGGCCACUUUUGUCUUAUGUCCUGCGUCUGCAAGGGGCUGACCACUCCCAGCUUAAGGAUAUACCCGCGUCCGAGAAUACGGAUCAUUAUAUGUUCCAAAAUCUCGAGCCCAACAAGAACUAUUCCAUCAGCGUCACUAUGAGGAACGGGGUUGGCGAGGGUCCGCCCGCCGUCAUCUACAUCACGACCACUCCAGAGCCAGCUGUGAAAGACACGCAGCAGCCUAUACUGAUCCUCGGCGGGCAGCACGUAGUCAUGAAACAAGACGCCGACAUGCUGGACGAUCCCAGUGUGGUUUACGAGAACACGAGCACCAUCCGCGGAGUCGCGAUUCACGUAGCGUCCGCGCAGUUGUUCGUCUCUGACUCGGUGGGAUACGUGUACAGAACGUCCAUCGUGAGACGCACUAAGCCCACGGUGAUACUCAGCCCCAGCCAAGCGAACUUCAAACCCUUGAGUCUGUCCGUGGACUGGUUGAAUCUUCACCUGUACAUCUUGGGCGAGGUGAAGCACGCGACGACGGUUUGGCAGAUAGCCAGAUGCAAUCUGGACGGAAGGGGAUUGACGGUCGCAGUGGCUGGAUUCUUGACGAGGCCGACGCACAUCGAAGUCGAUCCCUACAAUGGAUACCUGUUUUGGGUCACCAGGGGUGGUUUGUAUAGACUGGAUCUGGCUGACAUAAGCAAUGGAGUUAAGCACGAAGUGCAACCCUACUUAAUCCUAGAGGACGCACACUUGGGUGCCUUCACAGUGGACCACACGAACUUUCGCUUGCUGGUCCCACACCACAUCCAGAACACGGUGAUAUCUGUAUCCCUGGACGGUCGCGAGGUGUUAGACCUGCGAGCGAACACCCAGCAACCAAGGUUCAAGAACGUCGUCUCCCUGGCGAUGGCGAACGGCUUGUUUUACUGGACGAACGGGGAGGAAGUGCUGAUAGAGGGCUAUCACUCGGGGCAGAACAGAUACUUUCACAAUGCUUAUCCCGAUAGGUCGAACGGUUCAUUCGUCAGUGUCAAUGUACUUAUGGACGCUAGCCAGCCUGUUCCUGUCCCGGUGAACCCUCCUACGGGCGUGCAGGCAGUUUUGGGGGUGGAAAGGGCGAAAGUUUCUUGGCAGGCGCCCCAUCUGCUGGGCGGCCAGGGUAAAGGCGCCUGGCAGAACUGGUCGUACGAGCUUGAGAUCAAAGACGAGUCUACCGGCGAGACGAUCCAUCAGAAAGACAUCGCUGGCUCGUCUCACACUGUGCACAAUCUUCGCGAGAAGUCGGAAUACUCCAUCAAGGCUGCUGCUUACACGAGUGCUGGCAGAGGACCGUGGUCCACCGAAUUCAGGGGUCGGACUUUACGGGACGGUUCACACGCGUCCAUUCUCUGGUCCGCGAACGAAGGUCUGCUGAGAAGCGACGUGACCGGCGAGAACAUCGAUACUUUAAUAUACAAAGCGAGCUUAAAAGAAGCAGAGAACGACUACCAUAUUGUUGAUGUGAGUUGGUACAAGGAUGUACUCUACAUCGUGGGGAAUAAUUCUGCACUGUAUCGGUAUAAUAUUACUAGCCAUCAGAAGACGAAGAUGAACAUCCAUUCGGUCGGAAGCGUCGCCGUUGACUGGAUAUCAAAGAAGCUUUAUUGGGCUAACCCGAAACAACAGAUUAUAACAAGAGCCAACUUGAAUGGAUCGCAUCAAGAGCCAAUGUCGAUCCUAGCUAUCGUUAAAGAAUUAAUGAUCGAUUCGCUGGAAGCGUAUUUGUACUGGUCUACGGGACACGCUGUGGAAGUUGCACGUCUGAACGGUCAAGACAGAAGAUAUUACCAUUCCGAUGAGAUAUUUAAUGGCAAACAAGUGAUGGGUUUGACGUUGGACACAGAGAAUAGAUACGUUUACUGGAUCGUCCGAAGCUACGAAAGUGGAUCGAUCGUCUAUCGGGCGCCUACGUCUGAGAGGAUUCCUAUGAGCCACAAAAUAGUGCCUGAAAAGGUCUCAGCUUUACAGCACCCCAACAUGCAAGGCCCGUUAUGUUACUUCUCGGAACACCUGCUGUGGCUGCAAGACGAUCGCAAUGCAGUGAUAGGCGACCUGUCUGGUCAAAACACCGCCGUGAUAAAUGGUAUCACUCUGUCCGGCCUGCACAUGGUGGCCGUGAUGGAUCCUGCGCUUCAUCAAUAUCCGAACAAUCUUCUGUCGGACACGGUGGUUGUGCUGCCCAACGCAGUCAGCAAUGAUAGCAUUAGGGUAGAAGGAACUUGGCGGAAUUUCAAUAUAUCCUGGGACCCCGUGGAGAACAUCAAUUACGGGACCGUGUUUUACGAAGUGAAGUUCACGGACUACAUCAACACCAAUUCGAAUCCCGAGAUUACCACGGAGACCUCGAUGCCGUAUAACAAUUCGGAGCAAAUUCUGCCUUACUCUGUUCUAGAAGUGACCGUGAAAGCGUUCACCUAUUGGGAAUCGGCGCAUCACACGAGGAGGACAUUGCGAUCACCGCAAAGCGUGCCUAGUCAACCAACGAAUCCUAGGGUGUUCAUUGAGUUUCAUAAAGAACCCCUUAGCGAGAGCGUUGAUAUAUUCGCGAUAUUCAGAUGGAACGAACCACAGUUCUCGAACGGUCUGAUCACAGGAUACACCGUGCAAUGUUGGAAUCUCCUAGAAGAGCAAAUCCGCUGCGAGUCGCUUUUCGUUGAUGAACUGGAGCACACCGUGCACGGUCUGCUACCGGACACAACGUACUACUUCCAAGUGCGAGCUCACACGAAAAUCGGUCCCGGACCGUACACCGAUGUCAUCAAUGUGUCAACGAUACACGAGAAUCCGGUUCCGCAGCUGUUGGUUGCUACCAUGGACGCGGUGAGGAUCUCCGAUCUGGAUCAAGAGAAGAAUGACACCCUCAGUCGGCACAAAGCAAUCGACGUUGCGUAUCUGGCGGCGGAUAGCAAGAUUUAUUGGAUAAACGAGAUGGAGGAACUGGUCACAGCCGAUAUGGACGGUACAAAUGCAACCAAGAUUCUGACGUUGUACCAGAACGCCUUGAGUUUGACUAUCGACUGGGUAGCGAGGAAUCUGUAUUGGUCCGAGUCGGAAAACGGAGAUCGGAUCGUCAAGUUCGACUUGACCACUUGGAAAGCGGGGAUCCUCAAGUUCGAGGUGAUUGUCACGGCGAGCAGACGUAUCAUCAAUCUCGAUGUACUGCCAUCCACAGGAUCGUUAUACUGGAUAGAGCUGACGAAAAACGACAGAGGAGUGAUAAUGCAAUCGGAUUUAAAUGGCAAUGGCGUUCAACCCUUUUUUAAUCACAAAGAUAACUGCUCGUGUCCGUAUAGACCUCCCGUGAUCCCCGUGAUGACGAUAGAUAGUACUUCGUAUCAAAAGCCAGUUAUGUAUUGGAUCUCUUUGGACGGACACUUGAUCAUCGCUGACAUCAACGGCUGCAUGUGUAGUAUGAUAGUAAGCGCAGACUUCAGCGAAGGAUCGCCACCGACAUCUCUGACAGUGGAUAAAAAGAACAUAUACUGGUCGAACUACGAAGAAGGCCAGAUUUAUUAUAUAAACAAGGAAUCCACCGACAGUGGAGAGAUCUUACACUAUUACCUGCCAGCUGUUAGAAGCAUCAAGGCUCUGGGGAAAUCCUUACAACCGUAUCCAACCACAAACUGUCUGAUUCCCCGCCAGGCGUCCUACGUCGUGAAAGUGAUCAAAAAAACAGGAAACACUAUCACUGUGAGACUUCCCCAGCCUGUUCCUCAUUUUGGUUGUGAGAAAUACAAUUUACCGACAACUUUGUACACAAUAUACGCGUCUCAAUGCUUAGAGAACGACCCCACCAAGUGCGAGAAUGUCAAUAAGACUCGGCUGCUAACUUACGAGAAGGAGGACAGGAUCAAGCAUCUCAAGCCUUUCACUAAAUACAGGCUGACUUUAGCGUUGAGUAACUAUUAUUCUAAUUUGAAGUCGAUGAACUUGGAAUUUGGCCCCGGUGUCAUCGAAAGGACUGGAGCUGGUAACCCUACAGCUCCGGAAAAUGUAACAACGCAAGCCUUGACACCGACUUUGGCCGUAGUUUAUUGGAUGCCGCCGAAGGUGCUGAACGCUGAGGCGGUUCGGUACGAGGUGCACUGGAGAUUGGUCCGAUUGAUAAAUGGGGCACGGCAGAAAGGAGAGCAGCUGAUAAAGAGUAACGAGAGUACGGCCGACGGUAGAUACUUCACCAUGCUAGAACCAUGGUUACCGGGACAGGAAUAUUUAGUGUUCGUCCGCGCGUAUCCUGUGGACUUGGGCUUAAGUCCCGACGUCUACAGCGAAAGUCCUCGCCAAGUGGUGAAAAUGUACCCGGAGCCUAACAACCUGACGUUGAUCGGUGUCAGCGUGAACAGCAUGAACGUGUCGUGGUCGCCCACCGUCAACUUGACGAUCAAAUACACUUUAGAAUACAAAGACGUCGCCGUAGAACAAUGGCAAAUCGCGAACGACUCUAAAGUGGAUAAAGACAAGGUGGUCUAUUUCAUUGACAAGCUGCAACCGCGCACUUUGUACAAGUUCCGUCUGCUCCUGAGGUACCCGAGCUACAAGAAAGAUUUCGUAUGGCCGACGGAUGGGAAGUUCACGUUCCAAACAUUGGGUGACGUGCCGAGUGCCCCUGGUAUGCCUACGGCAACAAAACUCCGGAAUUCCAUUUAUCAGUUGAACUGGGAGCCCGCGCAAGCUCACGGCUCCCAGAUUACAGUGUACCGCGUCGAGGGUAUGAGAGUAAACGAAAUAAACGAACAAAUCGACUCGAACGAGAACGCCAGCUGGAAGCUCUACUACAAUGGGACGGACAAUUACUGGAUAAUUACGGGCGAUAUGGACGACAAAUACCGGUUUCGAGUUCAGGCCAGAAACGCGUACGGAUUCGGUGCAUGGAGCAGAUCCAGCCCGAUCAUUGAUUUGACAGAAACCACUGGCGGGAUACUGGCCGCCCAACAACAUUUGGGACUGGUAUUAGGACUGAGCGUCCCGGUUAUUACCAUAAUUCUGAUUUGCUUCUGUUAUUUCCUUUGCCUGUAUAGGCAACACAAGGAAGACAAGAAAGCUGUCUUACCUCCUUUAGUGAGCGACGUAGAGCUGGCAACCCUUCGAGAAAUACCCCGCGGAAAUUUUGUCCAAUCUAACUCACUUUACGCGUCCACGCUGCAAAACGAUCCCGAUGACUCUACCCUGCCUAAAAUCAGGAGAGAGCAAAUCACGUUAGCGAAGUUCUUGGGGAGUGGAGCAUUCGGGGAAGUGUUUCAAGGUAAUGCGAAGGACUUAGAGAGACCGGGAAUCACCCCGGUCGCGAUCAAGACGCUCCGAAAGGGCGCAUCGGCACAAGAGAAAACAGAAUUCCUUCAAGAGGCGAGACUGAUGAGCCAUUUUCGACAUAAACACGUACUCCGGUUGCUCGGAGUAUGCCUAGACACAGACCCACCGCUAUUAGUAUUAGAGCUGAUGGAAGCCGGAGAUUUAUUGAGUUAUUUAAGAGCGAGUCGAUCGUUACAGCCUACAGAUCCACACGCUUUGCGUCUACAAGAUUUAUUGGCUAUGUGUGAAGAUGUAGCAAGAGGAUGUCGUUAUCUGGAGGAACUCCAUUUUGUACAUAGAGAUCUUGCAUGCAGAAACUGUUUGGUGUCUGCUAGGGAUAGGGAAAACCGAGUAGUUAAAAUUGGUGAUUUUGGGCUUGCAAGAGAUAUUUAUAAGAACGAUUAUUAUAGAAAAGAAGGGGAAGGACUGCUACCUGUUCGUUGGAUGGCCCCUGAAUCUUUAGUAGAUGGUGUAUUCACUUCUCAGAGUGAUGUAUGGGCAUUUGGUGUAUUAAUGUGGGAAAUUACAUCUUUGGGGCAACAACCAUACCCUGCCAGAACAAACCUUGAAGUGUUGCAUCAUGUGCGUGCAGGUGGUAGAUUGCCUAAACCUUUGAACUGCCCACCUGCUUUGCAUCAGUUGAUGUUACGUUGUUGGAGUGCUGCUGAUGCUAGACCAAGUUUUAAAGUUUGCCUUGAGAAUAUAGUUAGCCAUCGAAGUACUAUAGAGGAUGCACCAUUGACCCCUGUACAUGCUGGUCAUUACUUAGCUAGAAGAGGGAAUUCAUGGAAAUCCAGUAGUUCAGAAGGUAGUCGAGAUAUGCAGCCAUUCCUUCAAAAUUCCAAUAAUGCAACACAAUCGAGUGAAAUACCAAAAUACCUGGAACUGCUAGCAGAUAAUGAAGAUAUUAUUUUAAGAGAUAAUUCAACAAGUGGAUACGAAGUGCCUCGAUCAAUUCAUAUUUCUGAUCAAAAUUUGGGUAAUGUAAAUAAAGCUAGUGCAAAUGUAGAUUUAAAAGAUAAUUUGCAUUCUGAUACUUUACAAGAACAGAAAGAUGCUCUGACUGACAAUAAAGAACAUUUAUCAAAGAAGUGUGAUAAGAGGUCUUCAGUAUCGAGUUUAAAUUUAUCAGAACGUAAAAGAGCAUCAGUUACAAGUAUGACUGAAAAAUGUAAUACUUUAGAUAGUUCAAAAUUAACUAAUCCUACUAUUAAAGCGAUUUUGAAGAGAGACUCUUUUACCUCUUUAACUGAUCAUAGAAGAAAUAAAAGAAAUACGACUGAACGGCGAGGAUCAGAAAUAAGUUUAGAAGGCAGAAGUUCCAGUUCACUCAGUUCAAAUAUUAGUUUAGCACCACCUACGCGACCCAGCUCAUCGUUAAUUAGUUCACAAAAUGUUCUUCCAUUGAAAAACAGUGUUAUGGCUGGUACUGGAGAAUCUGGAAUAAUUGACAAUAGCAUCACAAAAAGUACAUUGCCAAAAAUUCAAAGGACUCAUUCUAAUUUACAGAACGGUAAAGCCAAUAUUCCGUUGGUGAUAAAUAGUACAUUAUUAAAUUUAUUAAGGCAAACUCCGGUUGAAGAUAGUAACAAUAUUGUUACAUAUACAAAUAUCAAUACAGAUGCUGUUAGAGUAAAUGGAUCGUGAAGCUCUUUUAUUAUUGAAACAUAAAAAGGCUGGUUUAUUUCAACUGUCAUAUCUUUAGCUGUAUGAAAAUUGAAAACAUGUGUGAAGUUCCAUAGCUUUAAACUGCCAUAAUAAUGUGUGUACAUAUUUAAAUUUUAAUACUUAUAGCAUAUUUUAUGUAAGUCAUGGCAGAAAACGUUUUACUAUAGUUAUUAAUUAAUAAUCGUGGACUUGUUUAUCAUCUAAAGAACAAAAAUAGCUAUAGAGUAUUAUACGGGGAUUAAAGUAAUCCGACAUAAUUUUAUACUUGUUAUUGAAAAUAAUGUAUUUAUUUAAUUACCUAAAAAUACGAUUAAAGUUUCACUAUUCAUUGUACAAAUAUCAUAUUUGGUGAUAAUAUAAGCUAUAACACGGAAAUUAAUAUUCAUGUUAUAUAAGGAUUUGUUAAGUUUUAUAUGUAAAUUUAAAAAUACUUAUCAAGAUAGUACAAUUAAGAAUAAAAGUUUUCGAUUAUGCUAAACUUUGUAUGAAUGGACUGAUAAUGUUUGCAAUUGAUACUUUCAAGCUUGAACAAGUUUGAAAGGUAUUGUAUAUAUUUUAUUAAUACGAAAUUGAUAUUUUUUUAACUACAUUCGUAAUGUGUUUUCCACAAAAGUAUUAAACUGAUAUUAUAAGUAUCAAAUCCAGAGAAUUAAUAGACGAAAUGUAGUAGUUACGAUAAUAGUACACCUGAAUACGUACUUUUUAAAAAUAUUUUCACAAUAUUGUGUCACAAGGGAACAAAAAUGUCUAAUAAAUUUUUUAUACAUUUGAAAGGUAUAUGUCAAUGAAUGACGUCCGAUAUUAAACUAAACAAUAAGAUAGAUUAAUAUUUUAUAGUCUUCCUAUUUAAAGCUACUUUGGUAUACACUCUACAUAUCGUUAGUUCCUUGUAAACCAUAAGCUAAACUUUGUAAAUAUCCUUCACUGUUAUGUUAAGAGAUUUAUUGCUAAGAUAGUGAUAACUGUAUGAAUUUUGUAUAUUUGAUAUGUGCAAGUUAAUAUAAUCAUGCAAAUAUCACCUCACAUAAACUUACAUACAACAUGUAACAUUUAUCACCCAAGUUUGGAGUAAGUAAAAUUUCAGAUGUAAAUAAAUAAA